UACACCAUCAGGCAGUCGCAAUUAAGUCAUCGUUGGAAUUAGUUGUCGGAAUUUUCGGUUGAAAUAUAACAAUAAAACUGUUUCGGAAAAAAAUAUUAAGUACGCUAUAUAAAACGGAAUUCAGCCGUCGGAAUGUCCCGCGAAGAGUUCGAGGAGCUGCUGUACUACGUGGUCGAGCUGAAGGACAAACUGAAUGCCAAACUGGACGAACAGUGCGCCAAAAUAAAUCAUCAGGGCACGAUCAUAAAUCAGCAAGGUCAAAUCGUUGACGAACUAUGCUGGCAGCUGCGGGAACUCAGCGAAAAAGUUCGAGAACUGCGUGUCGAAAAUCGACGGCUAACGGAACGGUUGGGUCGAUUCUGUCCCAAGUGUACGGGCUGUCGGUGCGAUUCGGACACUUACGCGAAUCAUCUGGCGGACAAAUACAACGAGCUGGCGAUGGAGGUUGAAACGGAGGAGAAGAAGCGUGCGAUUCCGUCAUCAUUGCCCUCAUCCACUGCUGCCGAUAGUGAUAAAACGGUGGACAUGAUUGAGGGCAAGGAUAAGCCGCUGCUGCUGCAGCAGCAGCAACAGCAGCAACAACAGUUGAAAAAUGUUGAUGAAUACUCACAAGUAAUGAAAAAACGUGACACUCAAACGAGCAAGAAGAAAUGGCUUUUUGGAGGUACUUUUGAUCGAAAGGUUGCUCCCGCGGAUAUCGCCGACAAACCGUCGGUGGUCAGUAGCAAUACCAUUUGGUAUCUGGACGAUGAAAGUAUUUACGAACCGAUUGAACUAUCGGCUAAACCUAGUACUCGAGCUCAGCUGGAAAAAAUAACGGCCGAGGUGUUAUCGUCCAGCACAGGUGCUCCAAAACCGGCUCCGCGAAGACUGUACGCGGCAGCGGCAGUGGACAAUCUGGCACAAUACUUUGCCGAUGGAGAUCGACCGCCGGAUGAGGUGAUAAAGAAGAAGGAUGGUGAUGAUGAUGAUGAACGUGAUGACGAUGUUUGGCUGAGACCUAACCGAGUGAAGCAGUUUAAUUCGGAGUCUCGCAGAGGGAGCAGCAAGGUGGCAUGCAGUCAGCUAUCGGAUUUGGAACAAUCAUACUUGCCAACGGAGCAGAACAUCAACUCUGAAAACUUCGUCCGGUUCACAAUCAACAGUCGACCAGCGACCACGGCCACUGCAGCGACUCCCGUGAGAUCUGGAGGGGUAUCGGACAAUCGGCGACAUGCCAUACGUUCUUACAUGUAAAGCAGACGAACAAACAAUUGCACCCGCCAUCAGUUUACACGCAGCUGUGAAAUUAGAACAAACGUUGUCACUCGCCCAAAAACUGCAUGCCUUUUUAACAGCAAUAAACAACAUAUUAGUUUUUCACUAUAAA